CCUUGCAGACCCGGAACCGGCUGUGGAGGGCAAGAUGGCGGCUUCUCCGUGAGGAGGGUGUUUGUCUUUAAAGCUGACGCUCCCCGUCCCCUCCCCGCAGGGAAGGCUGAGGGCGCUGCCGGCGCUGAAGUCCUUGUUGGGGUCCCCGCCCCGGAGCCUCUCUCAGCGGUCCUUCUGACUGUGGGUGUGAGGUGAGCUGAUUAACAGGCUGUGUGGAUGCCUUUGAAGGCACAUUCUGUGGUUCCUCAGUUGUCACUUGAGAAAACAUCCCAGGACCAGCAUCAGUAACCAGGACCCAAAUGGCUGCUUGUCAGGGACUGCUGACCUUCAGGGAUGUGGCCAUAGAUUUCUCUCAGGAGGAGUGGGAAUGCCUGGACCCAGAUCAGAGGAAAUUGUACCUGGAUGUGAUGUUAGAGAACUACAGCAACCUGGUCUCCGUGGCUAUGUCAUCUGAAGAUGAACAGGCCUUUUUGCCAAAGCCCGAACCACAAGAUGUAUGCUCUGAAAUAAUACUGGGUACAUAUACUGAAGACAGAAGUUAUCAAUGGAAUGCAUAUUGGAAAACCAUUAAGCAAGAGCCAUAUCAUAAUAAUCAUUGGAGAAGUGAGCUUGCAGAGGAUCAUUAUGAAAGUGAAAAACUCUUUGACCAAAUGUCCAAUCACAAUAUACAUCAAGUUAUUCCUAUUGUGGAGAUGAUACUCAAAGAAAGUAAAUCUAUGUCAUCUGAAGAUGACAAGGCCUUUAUGCCAAAUACCGGAAUACCACAUUUAUUCUCUGAAAUAAUACUGAGUACAUAUUAUGGAGACAGCAGAUAUCAAUGGAAUAAACAUUGGAAAAACUUUAAGCAAGAGUCAUAUCUUAAUCAUCGGACAAGCGAGCUUGCAGAGAACCAUUAUAAAAUUAGAAAAGUCUUUGAUCAAAUGUCCAAUCACAAUAUAUGUCAGGUUAUUCCUGUUGUGAACAAGACACACAAAGGAAAUAAAUGUGUCCAGUCUUUUCAGCAAUCAUUAAAUUACACUGAACAAGAGAAUAUUCAUACUGGGGAGGAGGCUUACAAAUGGAAUCUGUGUGGGAGAGUCUUCAGUCAAAUAUUCAAUGUAAAUAGACUGAAAAAAAUCUAUAGUCGAGAAAAACCUUAUACAUGUAAAGAUUUUGGUAAAACAUCUCAUUGGCCUUCAGAUUGUACUUUAAAUCAGAGAAUUUAUACUGGAGAGAAGCCCUAUAAAUGUAUAGAAUGUGGCAAAGCCUUUACCAGAUCUUCAAACCUUACAAUGCAUCAGAGAGUUCAUACUGGAGAGAAACCUUAUAAAUGUAUAGAAUGUGGCAAGUCCUUUGGUGGCUCCUCAAACCUUACUAAGCAUAAGAGAGUUCAUAUUGGAGAGAAGCCUUAUAAAUGUACAGAAUGUGACAAAUCCUUUGUCUGCUCUGCAGAACUUACUAAGCAUCAGAGGGUUCACACUGGAGAGAAGCCUUAUCAAUGUAGAGAAUGUGGCAAAUCCUUUGGGAGAGCCUCAAACCUUACAAAGCACCAGAGAAUUCACACUGGAGAGAAGCCUUAUAAAUGUAUAGAAUGUGGCAAAGCCUUUACCAGAUCUGAAACCCUUGCUUAUCAUCAGAGAGUUCACACUGGAGAGAAGCCUUAUAAAUGUAUAGAAUGUGGCAAGUCCUUUGGCAGCUCCUCAAACCUUACUACGCAUCAGAGAGUUCAUACUGGAGAGAAGCCUUAUAAAUGUACAGAAUGUGGCAAAUCCUUUGUCAGCUCCUCAGAACUUACUAAGCAUCAGAGGGUUCACACUGGAGAGAAGCCUUAUCAAUGUAGAGAAUGUGGCAAAUCCUUUGGGAGAGCCUCAAACCUUACAAUGCAUCAGAAAGUUCAUACUGGAGAGAAGCCUUAUAAAUGUAGAGAAUGUGGCAAAUCCUUUGGCAGAUCCUCAAACCUUACUAAGCAUCAUAGAGUUCAUACUGGAGAGACAUCUUACAGAUGUGUGUAGUGUUGUAAGUCCUUGAACAGCAGUGAAAAUUUACUGAAUAUCACAGAAUUCAUACUGGAAAGAAGACUUAUGAAUGGGAAAAAUGUAAAAAACUUUUAAAAGCCAUUCACAUAUUACCGUACCUUAGAGACUUCCAAACAGAGAGAUACUGUACAUAUGUAGAGAAUAGGCUGGUGCCUUUACCCACGGCUCAAAAUUUACUAAUCAUCAGAGAUUUGAUAGUAUAGGGAAGCGUUACACUGUAGAAAAUGUGAGAAAGCCUUUAACCUGUGUUCAAACUUAACAUUUACGAAGCAUUCUAAAGAGAAACAACAAAAAUAUAAAAUUAUCCAAAGAUUUAACGAUGCUUUCAUUGAGAGUGAUAAGGUCUUACAAAUUCUGAGGGAUAUGUCAAAGUGUGUAUUCUCAUUUACAUGUCAUAGAACCUCUUGGAAUUAUUACUGGAUCGAAGCCCAGCAGAUAUAAAGAAUGUGACAAAGCUUACUCAGUAUGCAUACCUUACCCAACAUCAGAAUUAAAACUGGAGAGAAUCAAUACAAAUGUAAACAUUGUCCUAAAAUUUUUAAUCAGCAUCUGUAGCUUAUUGCUCACAUUGGAGUUUAUUCUAGAGGAAAACCUUAAAACUGAAAAAUGUGGGAAAUCAUAUAAUUGAACCUACAGCCCCAGUCUUAUCAGGGAUUAUAAUUGGGUAGAAAUUCCACGUUUUUUUAAUAUAGGAGGAAUGACUUUUCUUUAAAAUAUACAGUUUACAAAUCUCCAAGGAAUUUAUGCCUUAAAGUGGCUUUAAAGAUGUAAAAAGUUUAUCCAAGUAUUUAAUUGAUUAUGAAUUUUAAAGUCUCACUGAAUUCACACUAGAUCAAUAGCCAAAAUGCCCUUCAGAUAUAGCCCUAAAUCAGUACUCACAGUGUACUCCAAACUUUAAAUGUUGUUAGGUAAUGUUUGUAUACUUGAAUAUAUCAAAAAAGUUGAUGUUUCCAUAUGUACAAUUACUUAGAGUGUUAUCUCAUUUAUAUUGAAAUCAUUUGAAGUAUUUUGAAAAGGAAAUGUUAAUGUGAUUCUACUCCCAUACCACUUGAUGCUGGUAUGUUUUAUAUCUGGUGUGUGUCAGUGAAAUCAUGGGGUUGAUUGUUUCUGUCUUAAAGAUUUGUGAGAUGUUGUAUAUUAUAUGGACUUCACUUAUGUACACAUUCCCAUGGAAUAUUGGGUACAUUGUACGGCGCAUUAUUUUCUUCU